AAAAAUUAAUAGUUAAAUAAUAAAAAAGAAAUUUCUUCAGUAGUUAUGCAAUGGGACUAAAAUACGAUUAUCGACAAUUUAACAGAGUACCGUUUGUUGUCAUCUUCGGAACGUUGAUUUACGAAUGUUGAUUUUUGUGAUUAACUGCACCAUUUCCAUAAUUUAAACAAAAAAUGCAGUAAAUUUUCAGAAAAUGGAGGAAACGAGGAAUGAAACAGUGGAUCUCUCGAGGCGUGGGCUAAAGAAAAUAGAGAAAGCGCCUUUAGAAGACUCUAAAACAAUCAUAACAUUAAUUCUCGACCAGAAUGAACUGCAGCGACUGGACAACAUCGAGACUUAUAACCGUAUUGAAAACUUGUCGAUAUGCAAUAAUUUCCUAGUUCGUAUGCACGGUGUAUCCCGGCUCGUUAAUCUCAGAGUCCUGGCGUUGAACAACAAUGGAAUAUUGCAAAUAGAGGGACUGAAGGAUCUGAUUUAUUUGAAAGUGUUAAAAUUAGCUGGUAACAACAUCAAAUCAAUCGAGCAUUUAAACCACAACAUGCAUAUAGAACAUCUAGACCUGUCCAACAACCAAAUAUCUUUUAUAGCUGAUAUAUCUUAUUUGAAGAGUUUAAAGCAUUUAAGCCUUGAGAGGAACCGUAUAAUGGAUCUACGUCAGUGCGAUCGCUACCUGCCUACAGCAUUAGAACAUUUGGGUCUCGCUCAUAAUAAUAUACAGGAUUUAAAUGAAAUCUGUCAUUUAGUGCAUUUAUCUAAACUAGACAGUUUCAGUAUACAAGGAAAUCCAUGUGUAUCUUUAGCGGGCAAGGAUAAACUAGGGUUUGACUAUCGGCCAUUUGUACUCAAUUGGAUUAUGAGUGUCAAAUCUAUAGAUGGAUUUAUUGUCAGUGCAAUUGAGAGUUUGAAAGCAGAAUGGUUGUACAGUCAGGGCAAAGGCCGACACUUCCAUGAAGGUCAACAUCGGGAACUAUGCGAGUACCUCGCUGCUACCUGUCCCCUUACAGCAGACGCACUUGAGACCGAGGAGCAGAGGAAAUUGAGACUUAUCCUCAGUAAGGCUCAACAUCACCAACAACAACUGAAGGAUCAUAACCAUAGCCCCAUGAAGUCCAAGAUCCAGUCUCCGAGGAUGCAGUCGCGUAUGCCGAGCCGACACAUGGGGCGCUCCCCCGACCGUUUGGUAGCUAAUAGUUAUUUUUAUUUAGCAGAAGUAUCAAAACCAGUGAAUCAAUCGUUAGAAGCAGCAUCAAAGAUGGUACCAGUGCCGGAAUCUCUAAUGAGCCCUGACUACCAAGAUCCUAUUUAUGAUAUCCAAAGAACUAUACCAAAGCCGAACACAAUAUCAAAUACAUCAAGCCAAUCCAGUAAUAGCAGCAUCCAAGAAGAUAGAAAACUAAAAAGUCUAAAAUCAUCACCGAAACUACCGAAAAGCGCAAACUCAUCACCGAAAUUGAAAUCCAAAAUGGAACGUAAAGGCAGUUUGACAAAAUCUGAAAUUAAAAACGACGAGAAAAAGAUAAAUGGUAUAACAAAUAAUAAGGAAAUGGACCAAAUAGAUCACGAUAAAUUGGAGAUGAUAAGGUUAGCGUCAAACCAAAGAAGACAGAAGAAGAUGAGUGUGGAGGCGAUGGCCGCGGUCACCAUACAGAAGAUGUGGAGAGGAUACAGAAGUAGGAAUUUAAAUAAGGAUACGUUGAGGAUCCUGCACGCGAUACAAGCUGCUAGAGCGAGACAGCAUAUACAACGACUGACCUGCGACAUGGAGGCGACUAAAGCAGCUUUGGAAAGUGAAAGAAAAAUUCAACAACUACAAAUGCAGGCCAUCAAUGCAUUAUGGAAGAAAGUUUCUACUCUACAAAACGCCGAUGUGCAGAAGAACAAGUUAUUUGAUACUGAUGAUAAUUCUGAAGUGUUGAGGCAAUUGACUGAUACAUGCUGCAGUUUGCAGGCACAGGUGGUGGAGCUGCAGAGCAGUAUGCAGCAGGUGCUGCGCGCGGUGUCGCAGCGCUCCCGCGGAAAAUGA